AUGGAAUCAGGGGAUGGUGUACCUCAGUACGAGGGAAACGGGACAUCCUCAACGAGCAGCACCCGAGUCUCGCUCGAGCGUUCCGUCGAAACCGAGCGCUCCAGGUCAUCCUCGCCUUCGGCAGCUUCCUCUGGUGAGGAUUCAGCAGCACGCAGCGCAAAGAAGUUGCGGAUCGACCUCGCACCCGAUCAGCCCUUGACGGCAGACGGGAAACCUCGCGCUCGCGUCUACGUAGCAUGCCAGGGGUGCCGUAGUCGAAAAGUUCGAUGCGAUGGCGCGAAGCCUGUUUGUUUCAAUUGCCGUCGUCGCGAUCCGAACAUCGUGGUCUGUAACUACGACCAAGCGCCCAAACGGCGCGGACAAGACAAAGUGCCCGGAACACGGAUCCGCUCUUCUGCAGGCAGCCGUAAACCCCGGCCAUCGCGGCGAAUUACAGUGGAGGGUGGUGCUAGCGCCGCCGAUAACAUACACAAUUCCCUGCUACAGAACGCGAUUGAGGACUUUGACCCGGCCUCUUUCGAACCGAGCCAGGUCGAUCUGUAUGCGCUUCCCGACCCUCCCGGCGACACUGAGGAGCAAGAGCCUCCGGAGGACGCCACCGAAUCCCUCUCCUCCGAGCCCAGUGUGCAGUUCACGCGCGAGACAUGGUGGGACAGCCUCCUCACGCUCUAUGCUCUCGAGGACGACGGCAGCAAUCUCCAGGUCGCAUCUCUCACGGCCUCACAGCGCAACACCUCAACGCUGCGUAUAUUCAACGACAUUCGCUGCCUCUUCCGGACGUCCGUUUACUGGGGGAGUUUUAUCCACCUACAGCGGUUCUUCGAGACCAUUCUUAAUCCGAUCCGCCGGCCGACGAUUCAGCCAGGCCUGAUCCUAGGCAUGCUCGCUAUGGGCACGUUCGUACAGAGCUGCGAGCUGCGACGAGGGGUCAAAGGCCGCACUCGUGCACUGAAGUUGGUCGACCAAGCGCACGCGGCCAUCCAAGCGAGCCUCAGCGCAAACUGGAUCGAUAUUGGGCUGAUACAGGCAGCAUGGUUCCUCGCGUUCUUCGAGAUGCAGGCUCACCCAUCGCAAUCGUAUGACCGCAAUCGCUCGGCAUUCGUCCUGCUUGAUUCUCUGAUCCGCUUGUUUUCUCUUACCACACUCGACGCCGACCUCCCGGGCUCCCAGUUCUCCCUCUUUGCUAUGCACGAUGACACCUCGGCACUCGCGGCGACCUUGGACAUCGAGCCAAGUCUGACAGCUCAUCCACCCGAACAAACCUACGCUAAAUUUGCGCCCGUCCCGCUAUUGCGUCCGACCGUACCUGGGCUCACCGGCGUAGCAGGUGCCGGAUGCAACUGCGCCCAGUUCACGAUCGGACGGCAGUGGCCCGCGGUGGUCGAGGUGGCGCCGCUCUGGGACGGGACGGUGAUGUGGCCUGCAGGCGUGACAGAGGGCGAGGUGCAGCGGGAGGAGUGUCGCCGCCUCGUCUGGUCGAGCGUCAUGCUCGCCGCCGGCCAUAACUCAUACACGUCCGCGAGCGCGGAACUCGACCUCGCGGAUCUGUCCAUCAAGCACUACGACAACUUCGCGCUGCUUCUGCCCGGGGAGGUUCUGGCGCGCUCCGGCACGCCCGUGGCGCAGCACGACAUCUGGGCGCUGUACCUGCGCGCGAUGCUGCUCUGGCACACGGGGCUGCGCAUGCGGUCCGACCGCGCCAUGCCGGACCUGCAGCGCGCGCAGUUCGCGAUCGACGCGUGGCUCGAGGCGGACGCCGUUGAGGCCGCGCUGGGCAUGCAUACGUGCAACCUUGAGAGCCGCCUUGCGUACCAGGCGCGCGAGUUCAUCUUCAACGCGCGGAUGUGCAUCUCGUCGGAUUUUCAGCGGUACCUGCCCCAUGUCUCUUCGGAGAGAAGCAGCUUGCUGUAUCGCCAGAAGUGCGAAGCAUGGCUGCGAGGACAAAUGGCCGUCACGCAGUUCCUCUGGGACUGCUUGCAUACGAACCCGGCGAACGAGCUAGGAACGCGCUCGUUCCUGGUGUACUGGUUCAUGGGUCAUGUCACUAGGGCAUUGACCCUGUGGGAGAAUGACCGCGGGAUGACGCUCGCCCUUGACGCUGCGAAGGUGUUUGUACUCCCGCUCGAGUACUUGAUGCAACUCUGGCCUUGUCCUAGACAACGGGAGAAGUGGCAGAGGUUGCGCUAUACGCUCGUUGACACUUGCCUGAAAGCCGGUGUUGCACCUCCGGCCCCAGCGUUUCCGCCGCCACCUCCACAGUCAGGGCUGUGCGCUCCUGAGGCCUGA